GGGCGCACAGACGUGUGUGUGUGCAUGUGUGUGUGUUCAGGUGUGAGCAUUGGCCUUGGAGCUGGAUUCAGAGAGAAGUCGGCGUACGGACAGUGUGGCGGACAAAGAGCACGUCAGAGCUCUGUGAGGGGGCCCUGACCGCUGACCAUGGGGCCAACGCACUGAGGGCCCCCCAGACGAAACAGAAAAAAACAAAGAGGAGCAGAAAAUUACCAAGAAAAAGAAGACAGAGAGAGCAGAACAAUGAAUGUAGAGGAAGCGAUAAUUACGUUGUCCGGUGGAGCGCCGUGGGGCUUUCGUCUCCAGGGAGGCGUGGAACAUCAGAAACCGCUGCAGGUGGCUAAGGUGCGUAAACGCAGCAAGGCAUGCAGGGCUGGGCUUCAGGAGGCUGAUGAACUGCUGUCCAUCAACGAACAGCCAUGUGGAACGCUGUCCCAUGCUCAGGCCAUGGACCUCAUCGACACCUCUCCUGGGAUAUUACACAUCCGGGUCAGAAGGGUGCCUGCUGGUUUUCAGUCCGUGGUGCUUGUGACCCGCGCCCCAUCUCCCCGUAUAGACAAAGAAUACCGCGUUACUCUGCGUGCCAUGUCACCCAACCACCCUCACCAUGCACCCAUCCGAGAAGUCCACCGUAGCCACUCCUCCACAACCAGUGGAUUGACAUCUCCACCUGGAAGUGAGGCUUACUACGGCGAAACUGACAGUGAUGCGGAUGUGGCGGGAUUUGAGAGGCAGCGCCGGCAGAAACGCCGCAGCCCCAGCAACUCCACCCCGGGGAAACCAGCAGGCCGAGCCUCGCCUGAGGGUGGAGAGACGUCAGAGAUGAGUGGCUAUGACAGCGCUCCAGACGCACAUGUUUACCCCACUUUGUUGGAAGGAUGUGGGGGAGAUGGAGAAGGGGGUCGUGCAGGGGUGGCACGCAGGGAGGUGAUUUACCAGCCUCCUGGUCCAGGAAUGUGGUCCUCCCAGACAUCCACUGAGACCUCCUCCAUCAUCUCCUCAGCAGAUGACCAGGGGCCACGGGAUGUAGGGCAAGAGGAGGAUAGUGGCUUUCUUGAGCCAUCCAAAGUCCCACUGGUAUCUCCUGAGAGGGCAAAGGAGGCCAUGAUGCUGGGCUCCCGCAGCCAGCUUGUACCCAUGGUGGGUCCUUUGAAUAAACCCAUCGACGAGGAGCUUUCAACAACCUACGUGGAAAAGGCCAAACAAGCCAAACUGAACCGAGGGGAUACUGUGCAAGACAAGAAUGUAAAAGAGGCCAAAAGCAAGUGUCGAACAAUUGCAUCCCUACUGACUGAUGCUCCCAACCCUCACUCCAAAGGGGUGCUGAUGUUCAAGAAGAGGCGGCAGCGCUCCAAGAAGUACACUCUCACUAGUUUUGGUAGUGUGGAUGAGGAUAGGUGUCAGGACUCCCAAGAGGAGGAUGGAGUAUUCCCUGGCAGCGAAUCAGAGUUUGAUGAGGAUGGCUUUUCAGCAGCUCCUGAUCCAACUUGGGAUAGUGAUUACUUGGAGAUGCUUGAGAAGAGGGCAACUGCAGGCACCGAAGGUCGUGGGGAUGGGGCAGAGGAUGCUCCAAGCCCAGGGUUGAGUGACACCACAGGCAAGGGCGCCCAGUUGUUUGAGCAGCAGAGAAAGAGGGCUGCUGAGCAUGCCAAGAAAGUGGAGGUGGCACAACCUCAGGCUCUUGCACAGUCUCAAGUCCAGAGGCAGGCCCAGAUGUACCAGUUGCAUCCAGAGAUGCAGCCAAACCUCCAGCCUCAGCAGAUGAUACCACCUGGCACUAUAGCCAAACAGCAAGAGCUGUCUCAGGCUCCAGGUCCAGUUGCAGCCUAUGGAAUGUCUAAUGGGGAUCUAUCCUACUCUACAGUUAGUAGUAGCAUGAUGAUGUCAACUCCUCCUGUGGCACCCAAACCAGCUACUGCCUCAGUGACUGUUCUGACCAGACCUGCACCACCAGCUGAAACACCAUUAUCAGAACUACCUGCUAGUAAUGUUCUCAACAGAACGGCACGUCCUUUCACUCCAGGCUUCAUCAGCAUUCGAGCUGCAACGGCGCCUGUAGCAUUCAGACCUUCUGUCACAAAGACGAGCCAGCGCCCUGCCUCAGCAGCCAUUAUGCCAUCACGAUUCUCUGCCUCUGAACUAGCCAUGAAUGCUACAUCAGUAACAUCACAGCUAGCCCCAUGUCCUCCGUCAGUGUCCUCCCCACCCUUCUUUGUACCUCAAGGCCAGACACCAGAAGCUCCUGUUGCUUUUUACCCUCCAGCUGUCUCUACUUCUGUACCACAAAUGACUGCCGCUCAUCAGGCUACAUUUGUAGCUAUGCCCCCAGUGUAUAUGGCUCCACAAGCACCAAUGGCUCCAGCCCCAGCUUUUGCUGUAUCUCAAUUUCCUAGUUCACCUGAACUAUUUGCCCCAGCACCUCCACUUCAUGUGCCAGUUGCUCAGUCACACCGACCUCAAUUUUCCAUGGCACCUGUAGCUCCAGUGUCAGUAGUCUCUCAGCCAGAAGCUGUACCGCCAACCCCUGUUCCUGGUCCAACAGGUCGCACAGGAAUCUUAAAUGAUGCUCGCAGACGAGGUGGCAAACCCAAACCUAUGUUCAAUGUGCCAGAUGUCAAGAAGAACUCCCCAAAUCCAGACUUAUUGUGUAUGGUGCAGAAUCUGGAUGACAGGUCCACCCGAUACAAAUAUGGCCAACCACCGCCUGAAGCUAACUAUGACGAUGUAGAGGAGGAGAGGAGUGUUGAGGCGGGCAUGGGAAGGGCUCCUCCUCCAGUGGCACCCAAGCCUCGGGUCAUCCACGAGACCCCACAGUUUCUUCAAGCAGGGGGUAAGGGGGCCCAGCUGUUCGCCCGCAGACAGACCCGUAUGGGUAUGUAUGUAGUGGACACCCCACCCGACACCCCUUACCAGCAGGAAGUAGCCUCACACAGUGCAGCCACAGUGCUUGACUCCUCCCCAAAUCCUUCAUUUGUCUCUCAGUGGAAAUACUCCCCAAAUGUCCGUGCUCCUCCACCCAUUGGGUACAAUCCACUCCUGGUCCCUUCUAUCCCUACGGGGCCUCAGAGGAAUACAGGGAAGCCAGAGAGCAGGGGUAGAGGAUGCUCCCAAAAAGAGGGCAUCAAAGCUAUUGAUGUCAUGAGAAGGCAGCCCUAUCAGCUCAACUCUGCCAUGUUCAACUACAGGGGCAGUGUUGCUAAUAUAUCAGCCAUGCCUUCUUACCAGGCCCAGUGGCAGCAGGGUGACUACACAACAAUGGUGGGCAGCUCAUUAACCUCACCUAAGCAGAUCCCCAUCAAAAGAGGCCGUGUCUUCGAGGUCAAGCGAUUCUCCACACCCACACCCAUGUCAGCUCCUACUCUGGCAACCAAGGUUAUUGCACCCCGCUCUGCAACUACACUUGGAGAACGUUUGACUGAUUUUGGAAUGAUCUCCCCACCUCCUGCUCAUUUCGCUCCAACCCCAACUCCUCUCUUGAAACCAGCACCAGUCAGUGCCCUGACACUAGCUUCACCUCCAUCCCAACCAGCUGGGCUGCCCGGCCUCCCAAAAUUCUCUGCUACCCCUAUUCAACACCCUAUGCCCCCUGCAGUCCCUACACCUUACACUCCAGUAUCAUACAUCAGUGGGCUCCAAGCAGCCAAGCAGUUCCAGAGCACUCCUGAACUAAGUUUCCUUGCCUCUUUGCCCCCACUCAAGUCCGACCCAGUUCAGGCACCCAAACCACGUUUUGUUGCCACCAAGGGAGGAGUUCAACCCCAUGUCUGGAGGCCAGGGACAAUGUAAACACCAGAAAAUCAGUCACUACCACUCUUGGACAUCUUCAUGUACUAUUCAUUUAGUACUGAUUUUGUUAACUGCUUCAUUGUUUAAGUCAAAAAUGCAAAAUAUACAUUGGUUCUAGUUUCUCAAAUGUGACAUGAUUCUGCUUUUCUCAUCUUAGAUCAUUGUAAAUUGAAUAUCUUUGGGUUUUGGGUGGGGCUUAGGCUUUGAAAAAUUGUGUUGGGCAGUCCUCUAAUAAAUCAAUUAAUAAAAAAGUGACAAAUGAAUGAACAAGCAGCCCUACAUUAAUUAAUUUAAGCCUCAAAUUCAGCUGAAGUGAUUCUGUAUAAGGUUGAAAUCCAAAAGUCUGUCAAGUUUUUGAACUAUAUGUCAGAACUUGAAUAAUGGUAAGACAUCAUACACAUCUAUACUUGCUGUUAGAAAUACUACUUCUCACAUUUAUUUAGCUGUCAUACCAUUUACUCACACUUGCAUCUGAAUUACAAUAAUAUAUAGAUCAUACUGCCACAUACUGUAGGCUGUAUAGUCCACCGUAUGCCUGUCCUGGGGGAGGUUUGUGUAAGGCUUCUGGAGAUCUCUUUCUACUAAUUUAGCAGAAAUACCAUCUAAACAGAGCCUGUACUGAAAUAUUCUUUAAAACUUGAAAUGUCUAAAAGAUGUUGAAAAUGAAUAGUUGCGGUUCGGAACAUAUGAUUAAAUCCCAGAAGAAAUACUGUAUGUUGUUGUAGGUUGACAGGUGGAGGAUCAUAAAGCAAAAAUAGCAGGUUCAUUUCUUUUAUCUAUCUUUAAACAUUUAAUUCUGUUAUUCAGUACUUGUCCUAUUCUAAAUGAUGUGCACAAAAUGUCUUUUUACUCCCUUCUGUUUGUAGAAUUGUCAAGAAUAAACACACGAUGACCUAGUCUCCUUGUCCAGGGGUGUACAUGAUGCAUGACCAGUUUAAUAUUGUAAAGUGUUUUUAAAUGCCUUCGCUCACCUUGGAACUAUAUGUGAAGAAAAGGUCUGCUCUUGCAAGUGUCAGUGAGGUUGUGCCAAAUACCUCUGCUCACUAUAGCCAGAGAGAAACGCUAUCUUUUAGCAUUGGUCACGUUCAACGAGUGCCAGUGAAUGUACACUUGUCACUGGAUAUCACAGCUUCCAUUAGGACAACCAAAGCCUCCUUAGUAUUAGUUUGAUCUUUGCAGAUAUGUAAAUUCUCAACUUUUAUGAAACAAAUUACACAGAUGAAGGAAUGUGUAUUUGGUUUUGUUUAAUUGUGAUAUUUAUCUGGGGUGGUGCAAGGGGAAGUUGACUGACUGAGAGGCACCAGAAUUUAUAAAAAGAUGCAAGAAAUGAGAGUGGCUGUGGAGGAGGGAUGUAGGCAGUAUUUAUACCAAAUGGGGUCAUAGCUCGCCAUUUGCGGGUUUUUGGAAUUUAUAGUUGAAUUGUUCUGAAAUUCCACAGCCGGUAGAAGUUAACGAGGGAUGCACAGGAAAGUUGGUAAAGCUGAAGCUGAUGGAAAUAAGCAUAUAAGUUUAGCUGGUGUCUUUCCAUUAACAAUGGUUGCUGUUAAAAAGUAAGGAUUAACAUUGAAUGGCUAUAUACCUUGAGAGACUAUGUAUGUUAAUGGAAACAAAGAAAUACAUUUGUUGUUUUGAGUUUUGGAAUUCUUGGGGAGGUAUUUUUGUUAUUUUUUACAACUUUAAAAAUAUAAUUUCUCUUAAAGCUUUUUCUUGUUCUCAUAAUAUAAUGGCAACAAAAAAUUUAGAGUGUGGAUAUAAUGAUGUUGAGGUGUACAAUAUGAUAAAUACAUGUUGAAUGUUGUUUGAUUCAAUGAAAAGUGUGAAAAUGUUUAUUAAUGCUGCGUAGACGUUUAUAUUUGAGUGGGAGACAAAACAUUUUUAGAGGAAUAAAAUUAGAUUUGAAAGCUG